AGGGCCGCUGGGGGGAGAGAAUCCGGUCCGGGCUCUGCCUUCCGGGGCCUGACAGCAGGCACAGCAGUGGUGGAGCCAGCCUCUGCAUGGCCUGUCAGGGUCUGCGCGGCUUCCCCAUCACGUCCACCCAGUUGCCCUAGUGACUGUGUGACCCUUUCUCCCCCACCCGGCGCUGCCACCAGCCCUAUAAAUAGAGGCGAGGAGCAGCUGGGCUCUCUUGGCAGUCACCAUGAGGGCGCUGGUCCUGCUCUGCUGCUUUGUGGCAUCGCUCCUGCUCCCAGGACAAACAGAACUGCAAGUUUCUGCCUCGGGUGGCACAGAAGAUGUUGGCAAUUUGUUGGAGAAUCAUUUCUCUGCUGGAGAUGCAAGUCUAGAGGAGAAGGAAAGGGCGCUUUAUGCGGAGGCCGCCCCUCGAGAGAAGACCCUGCUCCUUCACUCCCCGGAUGGCAGGGAGGCUGAGGGCUCGGAGCAGACAGCCGCCGGGGCCCCCGCUGCUGCUGCUGCUGCUGCCGCCACCGGCCCGGGCUCUGGUCCCGAAGCCAGCCUCUCCAAUGCCUCAGCCUCAAAGUCAGCUGCCCCCGGGGACCCUGCGGGGCCUGGGCAGGAAGAAGCAGGCCCACCAGGAGGGGAGGAUGGGCCUGAGGAAGAGCUGGGUUUGGGAGAGGGCCCAGGACAGGAGGGGGUUCCUGGGGAGGCCGAAGGACAGACUGGGAGUAGCAUGGUCCCUGAAGAGGCCAAAGAAGUCGUAGGCGACCACGCCGAGCAGGGGACAGCAGUAGGGACCGCACAGCUUGAAGGCUCGGGGGGCAUAGAGGUCAAGGAGGCCCAUGCCCCAGAGACACAGCAGGACGACAGUCCAGGGCCUGAUCAGGAGCCAAAGGUGCCAGACGGAACCUUGGACCUGGACACAGAAACUGAGGAGGGGGCCGAGGACCACGGGGAGCCCACCCUCACCCUGGCCUCGGAGACCGGCAGUGCACCGAGCUUUGAGGCGGAGGGCACCCAGGAGGCACAGCACCCUGAGGCCCAGGCACCAGGGCUAACUGAGGAGGGCCUGGAUGUCUCCUCUGAAGAGGAGAGUGGUGACCACAGCGGAGAUGAGGAAGGAGAAGGCGCUGUGUCCGAAGAAUCCGAGGAGGACAGUGGUGACGGGGCUAGUUCAGAAGAAGAAGAGGAAGAAAAAGAAGAAGAACAAGAACAAGAAGAACAAGAAGAAGGGGGCACCCUGGAGGAAGCCGGGGAACCCCAGGAAGCAGCAGCAACCGCAAGCCCUGGGGACGAGGGGACCCAACUGAUCUCAGAGGAAUCAAAUACAGGGCCUGAGGGGGACGAGACAGAGGAACCCGACGAGGGGCCUCAGGAAGAGGUGGAGGAUGUGAGUGAAGAAGUCCCGAUGAGGGACCGCUCCCACAUCGAGAAAACUCUGAUGCUGAAUGAGGACAAGCCUGUUGAUGAUUACUCUGUGGUGCUGCAGCGGCUUCGGAAGAUCUACCAUUCGUCCAUCAAGCCCUUGGAGCAGUCUUACAAAUACAACGAGCUUCGGCAGCACGAGAUCACAGAUGGGGAGAUUACUUCCAAGCCAAUGGUGCUGUUCCUGGGACCGUGGAGCGUUGGCAAAUCCACCAUGAUAAACUACCUCCUUGGGUUGGAAAACACUCGCUACCAGCUCUAUACAGGUGCUGAGCCCACCACCUCUGAGUUCACGGUCCUCAUGCACGGGCCCAAGCUGAAAACCAUCGAGGGUAUUGUCAUGGCUGCUGAUAGUGCCCGGUCCUUCUCCCCCCUUGAGAAAUUUGGCCAGAAUUUCCUGGAGAAGCUGAUUGGCAUCGAGGUUCCCCACAAACUUCUGGAGCGGGUCACUUUUGUGGAUACACCAGGCAUCAUCGAGAACCGCAAGCAGCAAGAAAGAGGUUACCCCUUCAACGACGUGUGCCAGUGGUUCAUCGACAGGGCAGACCUCAUCUUUGUUGUCUUUGACCCAACCAAGCUGGAUGUGGGUCUGGAGCUGGAGAUGCUCUUUCGCCAACUGAAGGGGCGCGAAUCCCAGAUAAGGAUCAUCCUGAACAAGGCCGACAACCUGGCCACACAGAUGCUCAUGCGGGUCUAUGGGGCCCUCUUCUGGAGCUUGGCCCCGCUCAUCAACGUCACAGAGCCCCCUCGGGUUUACGUCAGCUCCUUCUGGCCACAAGACUACAAGCCCGACACCUACCGGGACCUGUUCCUCAAGGAAGAGAUCUCACUCCUGGAAGACCUGAACCAGGUGAUCGAGAACAGGUUGGAGAACAAGAUCGCCUUCAUCCGCCAGCAUGCCAUCCGGGUCCGCAUUCAUGCCCUCCUGGUGGACCGCUAUCUGCAGACUUACAAGGACAAAAUGACCUUCUUCAGUGACGGAGAACUGGUCUUUAAGGACAUUGUGGAAGACCCUGACAAAUUCUACAUCUUCAAGACCAUCCUGGCAAAGACCAAUGUCAGCAAGUUUGACCUUCCCAACCGCGAGGCCUAUAAGGACUUCUUUGGUAUCAACCCCAUCUCCAGUUUCAAGCUGUUGUCUCAGCAGUGCUCCUACAUGGGGGGCUGUUUUCUGGAGAAGAUUGAGCGGGCCAUCACACAGGAGCUCCCCAGCCUCCUGGGAAGCCUGGGGCUGGGGAAGAAUCCCAGUGCUCUCAACUGUGACAAAACAGGGUGUGGCGAGACCCCAAAGAAUCGCUAUAAGAAACACUAGGUCGCCGUGUUGCCAUUCUUGGGUUCCUGUUGGUGGCUGAGCUUGUGUCCUAACUGUCUGAGAAGUCCUGGUUAAUUAACCCUUUGAGCCACACUGAUGAGAAUCACUACGUGUUGGAGAUUUGGGAGUUCGUUGAGGCCAGUGGUGGGGGAGGGUGUGGGUCGAGGGAGGAGAGGAAACUGUGAAUUAUAGUGUCUUGUUGCUUCAGUGAGGGGCCUGAGUGAGGCCCCGCCGGCUUUUCCUGGGUCUUAUCGCAGAGGACAGAGAGCAGCUAUUCUAGUGUAUACUGAGGUGAUGAGUGUCAAGCUAAACUCAGCUGAAAUUCCUUUUUCCCCUAUAAGCUGGGAAAAGAGAGAAGACUUGGUUUCUGUAGGGCUCAGGUCCCUUGUAGCUUCCUUCCACACAGUCUCCUGCUUGUCCUCCAACCCCCGUCUGCCUUCUCAACUUGGGUUGACUUCAACAGGGGACAGUCUUUGGGUCUGAAUCCACCUGGGUGUUGAGCCUCCACCAUCCCCCCCACCCCACCCCCAUCCCCAGGCCCUCUUCCCUGUUUCCUCGAGGGGUGGGAGGGAAUGGUUUAGGAUACCAGAAUGCUGAGAGAGAACAGGAGUCCCCAGGCUGGAAGAAGGUUCUGCCUCCCCCAUGCCAUUUCUCCCAAGCAGUCUUCUAGGCCAGCUGGGAAUCUCGGUUCCUUUAUCAGCCCCGACAGGAGGCCGAGUGUUCCAUGGAUUCAGGUCAUUUACUUCUUGGAAGUGACUUCAGUAAAAAUACUGGAAGGGCUCAGAGGGUUAAUCGGUUUGCAGUGUGUCUUUGUCUAUUGCAUGUCUUGGAAAACUCAGACCCCAAAGGCGUUGGGUUUCAGAGGGGACGAUGGAGACCUUGCUCCUUUUCAUCAGGGUCUUCUCUGGGCAGCCCAUCUCCGCCCCCCAAAUGUAGGAGGAGGCAGUUUCCACAACUUCUCUGCAGAAGAGUCGUUCCCUCUUGAUUUUCAUGCCAUGGUUUUUCCUUCUCCCUCUUCUCCACGCCCUGAUGCACAACAUUCAAAACUCCGAGCGAUUUCCACGAGUUCAGAACUGGCGCCAGCCACUCCGUGUCGGCGGCAAUCAAGGCUUGACGUGCGGUUUUCCACCUGAACUUGAUACUGAUACCCACGCGCCACAGGGAAGCCAGGGCCUUCAAGAACCGAUGAGUGUGAAUAUGUGUGUACCGCAUUGUGCAAGAGAGAUUCUGAGAUCGCAGACGCCAGAGGCCGUGGAGAAGGAAUGUGUCGUGAGGGUCCUGCCUGGCUGGUGUGCCACCUCGGCCAUCUCGGAGGGCGGCAGGGGAUGGAGGGAAGGAGCCUUUUGACAAAAAGCAGGUGGCUGACCAGUUUGCACAAAUCCAGGAGACCCUGCCCAGGGCUGCCCGGAGGGGCUCCUUCUGCCCUAGUGAGCCAGCGUCCCCUGGGAGCGAGUUAUCCGGGGGACUUCCCCAGGAGGCCUGGGUCAGGGCCCCCCUGACCAGGAAGUCACCUUGGACCAGAAGGAAAGCGAGUGAAGAUGAAGGCAGAGAGGAAGCACUCUGGGGGCGAGGCAGUGGAAACACAUGGGUGAUUAGACUAGGUCCGUGUGGAGAAUUCGGAAUCCCUGCUUAGGAUUAUUAACGCUCUGAUGCAUGCUGCAGCGGACGCUGCUUCUCUGGCUUUGUGCAGGACCUGGAACCUUCCACAGGACAACGGAGGCCCCCCAAACCUCCAGGACAUUGUUUCCAAGGACAGAGCCAAGCAGAGAAACAGGGCCCUGCCGGGGCAUCCAAGGAGCCUGGUGAGCAGGGCCUGAAAAGCUGCAUUUCUUCUCAUUACAAAUCACCACUCGCCUUAUCUCGCUGUCAUGUACCCUCCCCACAGUCCGCCUUCCCCUCUUGCUCCUGAUGCCCCUGAUGCCCUUGAGCUGCUCUCGGCGUAUCUGUCUUUCUCAGUGCAGUUGAGGACGUGAACAGGGCAGAAGUGUACAGGCAUUGUCACGGCGGCUGAUGUCACCAUUGCUUUGGGGAAGCAGGUGGAAGGAGGCUGAUACAUUCAUAUGGCAUCUGUAUUUUGCGGGGGGGGGACAUGAUUGGUGUGAUCUUCUCUCUUUUCGUCCCAUCCAUUUUCCUUUUCUUACCCCCAUUCCCCUGCUCACUCAUUGACCCACCUUUUCUCAUGCAGCCUGCAGGCUGGUCAGUUGGUCCCCCUGGGCUGUCAGGGCUGUUUGGUCCCCACUCUGUGGAUGUGGAUUUCAAGCAGGAUUCUGACUGUCUUUUGGGGUGGGGAGGAAGGGUUGGGAACUGGGGGUAAAUUUAGGAUCCAGAGAUUCCCCUAAGAGGAGUAUCUGUUAAGUAUUUGUGCCUGAACAGUUGCUGUCUCUCUCCAAAGUGGAACCUUUCCAGGGUUCUUUCCAUUCUGAUUUAAUCAGGGAGGAAGUCUCAAUAAAGUUCCAAUCUCUCUGUAA